AUGGCGUGGCCGUGCAUUAGCCGGGCGUGUUGCAUUGCUCGCUUCUGGAACCAGCUAGACAAGGCUGACAUUGCCGUGCCUCUAGUUUUCACGAAAUAUUCCGAGGUUACCGAUGGGGCUACUCCCCACCAUCAAAUCCGAGCCCCGGGCAUCGAUGCACAGCCUACAGGGGGCGACCAGGAAUCGGUUGCCAAGACGACCGAGGCAUCUGAAGCAGCGACCGAGGUUGUGUCAGCAUCUGUGAGUGCCAAGGCUGCAUCGCGGCGGGAGUCGGUCAUGCGGCAGGAUUAUCGCCCCUGGAAGGUGCGCCCGGAGCCCAGCUGUAAACCCAAGCAGGAAUACACACCAACAGACACACCCUUUGAGAAAGAGACACAGUACAAGAAGGAUUUCAAAGCCUGGCCCAUCCCCAAGAGGAGCGACCACCAUCCCUGGAUACCAAAGGGGGAGAGGGGCAGCCAGACACCAGUGCCCACCAGAGAAGAGCCAUCAGGUUCAAUGGCAACUCCUGUAGCACUGCCGGUAGUGGGUCAUGAUCCAGCAAAGGGCAAGGUGGCGGAUGCUCUAAACAGGCAGAUCAAAGAGGAGAGAGGGACCAGCACCUCUUACAGGAACGAAUUCAGACCCUGGACAGUAGAUGUCAAACCUACAAAGAUAGUCAAAGCGAAGCAGCUGUACCAUCCCCCAGAGGCCAAGGUGGCUCAUGAAACCAGCUAUAACACCACCUUUCGGGGGCAGUUUAGCAAGCGGGCAGAGAUUAUCAGGCCCGGGACAGCAGAUACCAAGGCCCCUGAACGCAGGAAAAUGCGAAGCCUCUACAGUGAAGCCUAUAAGGAACCUGCCAAGCCGGAUAAACCAAGCACCCAGAGUACGAAACCAAAAAAACCGUCAAGUCAUAAAGUGCCGAAAAAGGCCAAAGAGAAACAGAGCACAUCGGGACGGGCUGUGAAGAAAAAAAUGGUGGAGAGUGCUCCUGCCCCCAAGCCAGAGGAAGAGGCGAAGAGCCAGGAGAUGAACAAUAAACUCGCCGAGGCUAAAGAGUAACGUUCUGUAAAUGGGGCCACGGGAACAAGUAAUCAGACUCUUCCUCAUC